UGAUAGUGCAUGCUCCCAUUUCUUUGGCGAUGGUUCUCUCGAGAUCUCUGUUCGAUUUGGGCCGGGCUCGCACACACGGUCCAGCCCAUCCCAUCCUACAAGUAGGCGUGUCAACAUCAUGAAUCUUCGCCGCUUUCCUCGAGUGCCCCACCUCCCCCGAUGUCCUCUACCAUCGAAGAGAAAGUCGAAGCGGGCUCGAACAGCGAGUCGAAAGUCGAGUCGCAGAGCUCCCCACCUAGCCUGCACAAGACGCACGAGAAUCCCGACGGCCUCAAGCUCGACCGCCAUGGGCUCCCCCUCAUCCCCCAGCCGUCAUCGGAUCCAUCUGACCCCCUGAACUGGCCCAUGUGGCUGAAGAUUGCCAUCUUGCUCCAAGUCAGCUUCCUCGCUGGUCUCGGACCGCUGAACCAGGCUGUGAUCAAUCCCGGUGCGUUUGGCAUGUCAUUGGGUCUGUCUGUCCCGCCAACUGAAUUCGCCUCCAAGCCUACGUUCCGCUCGCGGCGCACUUCCACAAGACCACAGUGGUUGCCAGGCACUUACCAGACCACGAUCGCCAUCGCGUUUGCCGGUGUCGGUUCCUUCCUAUGGGUGCCCCUCGCAAACACCUAUGGCCGUCGGCCGCUCCUGUUGUUCACUACGCUCCUGUCGGCCGCCUCGUGCCUUGCAUCCGGAAAGGCCCAGACAUGGAACCAGCUCAUCGGGACUCGUGUGCUGAACGGUCUCGGCACCAGCUCGUUCUUCACCCUCGGUGCUGGUGUCGUGUCCGACUGCUUUUUCCUGCACGAGAGGCGCGUUCCGAUUAUUCUCCGUUGUUUUUGGGGUGCUAAAACAGUCUGUAGGGGUCGUGCGAUGGGCAUCUUUACCGUGUUCUUGACUAACAGCGCCCAUGUUGCCCCGAUUCCCGGAGGUCUUCUGGCCCAGUAUGUCAACUAUCGGUGGUGCUACUACCUGCCCGGUGUCUUGGACAUGACACUCUUCGUCCUGAUGUUCUUCUGUCUUCCCGAGACGCUCUACCAACGCGGAUCGAAGCCCGUCGAGACUGCGCACCCCAUCCUGCGCCGGAUGAACCCCCUCGGGCACCGCCCCGAGGGCAAGCACCUGAAACUGGCCGACUUCGGGCGCCCGUUCCAGAUGCUGAUGUAUCCCUCCGUGCUGCUCACCGCGUUCUACUACGGCGUGACCUUCGCGUUCGCGUCGAUCCUGCCCUCCGUCACGUCCGCCACGCUCUUCCGGCUGAAGCACCACUUCACGACGUCGCAGACGGGCUUCGCGCUCGGCUUUGGCACCCUCAUCGGCUCGACGCUCGGCGAGCUGGCCGGCGGACUCGUCAUCGACCGGACCAUGCGCAACAGCCGCAAGAAGGGCGGCGAGGCCGUGCCCGAGGUCCGCCUCAGCGGCAUCUGGCCCGGCGUCAUCCUCCAGCCGGUCGGACUCCUGGUUUGGGGCUUCUGCUGGCAAUACAAGACCCACUGGCUCGGCCCGACGUUCGGGUUUGCGAUUCUGUGCUUUGCCAUCCAGAUUGUGGCCACUGUGCUGUACUCCUACGUUGCCGAUUGCUAUAAGCCCCAGAUGCCGGAGACUGCGCAAGUGUACAACUUCACGCGUCAGAUCUUUGGGAUGACGCUUGGCUUCUGGUCCAUUCCCAUGGGUAUGAAGAUCGGAUUCCAGUUCAUGGGCCUUACUCUCGCCCUCGUCGGCCUCGUCUUGUUCCUGCCUGUCGUCUACCUGAUGUACCACGGUAAAGCCAUGCGCGAGAGGCUCGGCCAGCCGAAAUUCAACCAGAGCCUCUAAUCCUGGACGCGUUUUCUACCUUCCGGCUUCCGGGCGUACAUUACACAGUGCGUAGUUUAGAUUUUUCGGAUGACUUUACGACGGCACCGUAUUUCACGAAAAUAAUGUAUAUAUGUCUAAUAGCAAAUGUCCG